AUGGUGGCAGAGUGUGGACAGAGGCCACUGGUGGGUCCGCCUGGUGAGUCUCGUGUUGUAGGUGGGCAUUUUGCCCUGAAGGGCGCGUGGCCCUGGCAGGUUAGUAUACAGCGGAUGAGCAGGCACUUUUGUGGUGGCUCCAUUCUCAACCACCACUGGAUUCUCACAGCGGCUCACUGUUUCGACAAGAAAACAAACAGAGACACAUCAAGACUGCAGGUUCUAGCUGGACUGCACUCUCAGUCAAAGCGAGACACAGUCGUCCAACAUCGAUCUGUGGGACAAAUUACUGUGCACGAGGAGUACGAUAUGACAAGUUUCAACAGUGACGCAGCGCUUCUGUACGUCACCCACCCACUGAAUUUCACUGCUCAUGUGCAGCCUGUUUGCACAUUACAAAAUGAGACGGAGGAAAAAGGCCUGAACUUCAGCUCGUGCUACGUCAGCGGCUGGGGCAGCACAGUGUUUAAAGGAAAAUUAGUGGACACACUGCGUGACUCUGAGGUGGAGCUCAUCGACACUAUUAUGUGCAACCAGAGAGACUGGUACAGAGGCCACAUUACCGAAAACAUGCUCUGUGCUGGAAAAGAAAGUGGAAAGGUGGAUACGUGUCAGGGUGACAGUGGUGGACCGCUGUCAUGUUACAGCGAAGACACGGAGAGAUUCUACCUUUAUGGCAUAACGAGUCACGGAUCGGACUGUGGCACUCUGAGGAAACCGGGCGUGUAUACCCGCGCUAGCCGCUACUCAGCAUGGAUUAAUGAGACACAGGAGAUGCAGACAAAAUCUUUCUCGCCAGGCUCUGUUAUGAACUCCACUGCUCUACACAUAAUCACCAUCGUGCUUUACUGGGCCCUCACGUUCAUCUGAGACUCCAACAAGAAGCAGCUGAGUUUGACUGUUAUCUUAAUAAAGUAUUUGCUCAUCAGAA